AUGCUGAAGAGAGGCGACUCUAGCUUUGGCGGAGGUGGGAGGUCCUUGGACAGCAUUCCCAAGGACUUGGCGGCUGCAAUCGAGCGUGGGAAGAUUCCUGGAACAAUUGUCUACAGAUACUUUGAGCUGGAGAAGUCACCGGUGUUCCGGUGGCUGCUUCAGUUUGGAGGGUUUAAGGAGCGUUUGCUCGCCGAUGAUCUCUUCUUGACUAAGGUUGCCAUCGAAUGUGGUGUUGGGAUCUUCACUAAGACUGCUGCAGAAUUGGAAAGACGUAGAGAAAAAUUCACUAAGGAGCUUGAUUUUGUUUUCGCUGACGUGGUGAUGGCCAUCAUUGCAGAUUUCAUGCUCGUCUGGCUUCCUGCUCCCACUGUUUCUCUUCGACCAGCUCUUGCCAUUAGUGCAGGACCUUUUGCUAAAUUCUUUUAUGGCUGCCCUGACAAUGCUUUUCAGAGAAUAGGGGCCAUAGUGCGUAAUGGGGCAAAGCUAUUUGCAGUUGGGACCAGUGCUUCUUUGUUUGGUACAGUUAUCACAAAUGUCUUGAUUAAUGCACGGAAGGUAUUUGAUAAGGAUUUUGCUAUUGAGGCAGAGGAUGUACCAGUAAUCUCAACUAGUGUUGCCUAUGGUGUUUAUAUGGCAGUUUCCAGCAACCUUAGUCUAAACCCUGAGGUGGGGGAGGGCAAGGGGGAACCUGUCCACAUGCAUAGGAUAAUACAAUAG